AUGAAGGCAAAAGAAAAGCUGAGGGUCUCACUGAUCUGUAACACUUCAGAGUUACAAACUGAUGACGAGGAACAAGUGAUUAUGAGGAAAAGAAAAAGAUCAUUUUUGGUGAUACAGACUGACAGUGAGGCAGAUGAGUGGAACAAGAGAAGACGCACCUCCACUCCAUUGCCUCCUAUUCCUCCACCUACCCUCAAUGAAGUUUGCCAGACCACUACUAGACCUCUGCCAGGCCCGAGGCAUACUACAGCUCCUGCACCACUUGUCCCUAGCCCUCCACCUUACAUUCUUCCAAGUCCUCCACACCACUUCUCUGCUGAACAUCGUCCAGAUUUGAGGAGGCAAUCUGACCGUGGUUGUGACACAGCUCCAAUGUCACUGGUUGACACCCCUACGCGUCUGCCCUCAAGUCCUGUGUGCCGGAUCUCUGCCACCCCUCUGUCAGAUGAUGGCCAAGACCACCUUUUCGUCCCUAGCUUUAGACUGGGGAAGACCGGCACUGGACCUGUUCCUUGCUCUGCGGCUCAGCUGCACAUCCUGACCCUGCUGGAACACAUCAAGCAGCAGCAAAUGCAACUUGCUGCUGCUGUCAACAGUCUUGCUGCAAGAGUGGGUACAGAAACUCCAGUGGCUGAGAUGCCGGACAAUAUGAGUUUCCCACUGGCCACCAUGUCUGAAGUGGAGGAGUUGGAGGAGUGGCCGAAAGACUCGAGGAAUUCUCAUGCUAAGCAAAACAUGGUAUAA